AUGUUGCUACAGAAGCCAACAAGCGUUCGUUUUCUUUCCACUUACUCUCCUCUUUCUCCCCUCCCCAUCCCCCUUGCCGUACCAGCUCGCAACAGAGACCAACGAGCUGAUGACCCACUCGCAACAGAGACCAACGAGCUGAUGACCCAGUCUGCAAGGGCUCUUUCUCGCGACCGCAGCAUUCCCAGCCAGCCGUACGGGUUCCUCAACACCAUCAUUCAGCCGCUCUACAAUGCGAUCAAAGGAGAAGCGGACAGCAAUGUGGGGGGCAAGCUGCCGCACGCCAAGUGGCGCAAUUACGACGACUUCAACGAGUUCUUCUGGUCGCCGCGCUGCUUCGACCGCCUCUCCUGGCCGCCCAACCAGUCCGCUGUCUUCUUCAUCCCACCAAACAAGACGGGUCACGAGGGUGGCAAGACGGGCUUUGUGGAGCAGCGCACCAUCCUCAACAUGUUCCGCAGUUUCGACCGCGUCUGGAUUCUCCUCAUCUUCGCCUUCCAGGUGCUUAUCUUGGCACUUCCUCCCGGCCCCCCAUCCCAUCCCCACGCAUGUCAUGGCCUUGCCUUUUCCCUUGACUGGUUCCUUGCUCACCUCCCCCCUCUUUUCCCCCUUCUCCCCUUUCCUCCCCGCCCUUUCCGAUUCCACUAUCUGCUGCCCAAUACCUGCCUCUCUGCCUGUACGCCAGCUCAUGUUCAUCACGGCAUUGAAGGCGGAGGGCAGCAACCCCUUCACGUACCUGGCCGGAGACAGGGAUACUGUGGCGCUGCUGCUCACCUGCUUCAUCACAUGGGCCGGCAUCAACCUCUUUCUUGUGGCGUCUCAUCUCCACCCCUCAAACAUGUGCUUCAACGUUGUCCUUCUCCCGUCGUCAUUCUCUCUCCCCCCAUCACACCUAUAGCUCUGGCGGAUAUGGUGAUGGAGUGGCGUCUCAUCCGCCCCUCCAACAUGCGCUUCAACUCAGCCACCUACUGGUCACCCGUGGCCAACACAGCCCUGUUCUGGCUCCUCAUCGCAGCGCUCGUCUUCAUGACCCCGCACCUGCUCUUCCGCCCUCUCCUCUCCUCUCCACCCCCAUUCUGCCCACCCUCACCCAUCUCCCUCCCUCUCAGCGUGAUGUGGAAUGCACGCAAGGCAGCCACCUAUUGGUCCCCCGCAGCCAACACGGUCAUGGUCUCGUUCCUCAUAGCAGCGCUGGUCUUCAUGACCCCGCACCUGCUGGGCAUCCUGCUCUUUCUCACGCCUGAAAUCAGCCGCCGCGUGGAGGCCUCCAGCUCCUCCUUCAUCCGGGUGAGGCGCAUGCUUGUCACUUGCCUUGAGGAUGACAACUUUGUGGGCAGGGGAAUGCGUGAAGACACAUGGGACUCCAUCAAAUACUCCAUCUUUUGGCUGCUCCUCCUUACUGGAAAGUUUGCCUUCAGCUACUUCCUCCUGAUCCGGCCUAUGGUGGAGCCCACAAAAGCACUGCUCAACACAACCAUCCACUACACGUGGCCAGAGCUGUACAAGUCAGGCAACUACGUCGCUGUCUUCUGGCUCUGGGCACCAGUGGGUGUGAUUUACAUCAUGGAUCUUUCGAUAUUCUACGCCAUUUUCUCCUCUGUUGUGGGCUACAUCAUGGGCGUCUUUGCUCAUAUCGGGGAGGUGCGUAAGGGGGACGUGAGGGAUGGAGAGGUGAGCCACGUGAAGCUACUCACACCGCACUUCCGCUUCCUGCCCCGGCCCAUGCAUCUCAACCCCUGCCUCAUGUGCUCUUGCCCGUCCCGCCCCCUCCACCAUGCCCUGGCCCCCUCCUCCCAUCUCCACAUAUCCACUCUCAUCUCCCUUCCACAGGUGAGCCACGUGAAGCUGCUCACGCUGCGUUUCCGCUUCCUGCCCCGCGCCAUGCACCUCAACCUGCUGCCGCCUUCCACCAACGCCCAGCGCCGCGGUGGCAUGCGCAGCGCCAUGGCGCGCAUGUGGAACCGCAUGGCCAUGACCUACGGGCUCGUCUCCCCUGACACAUGGGAGAUGGACGAGCGGUGGGCGGUGCUAUGGAACAGCGUGAUUGGGAGCUUCAGAGAAGAGGACCUCCUGUCUGACGCCGAGCUGAACCUUCUGUCUAUCCCCGAGGCCUACACCACGGCCACUGUUUCCCGCUGGCCCAUUGUUCUACUGGCCGAUCAGGUGGUGAAGGCCACGACCAUUGCCGGCCGGUGGAAAAACAGCUCCUCGUCCCUCUGGCGGCGCCUCUGCUCGUCCGACUUCUGCCGCUGCGCCGUGCUCGAGACCUUCGCCCUCUUCCGCCUCCUUCUCUCCCACUUGCUCAUCGCCGGCACCCCCGAGCACCGCAUGGUGCAGCAGCUGCUGGCAGAGAUCGACGGUGCAGCCAGCGGGGCGGCAGGGGAGGCGCACACGGACAGAGACUUUGUGGAUGACUUCAACUUGGGGAAGCUGCCCGCCGUGCAGGCCAAGCUCGUUGCUCUCACUGCGUUCCUGCUCAGGGGACCUACUGAGGAAGAACUUCCCAAGGCCACCAUGCUAGAGCGCCAGCGGCAACACGCUGCUGCGCUCUGCCCCUCACCUGUUACCUCUCAACCCACAUCCCCAACCCUCCCGCCCCCACUGCCCCGCCCACCCCUCCCACCCCGCCAGGCUAUCAUGCUGGUACAGAACCUGCACGAGGUGGCAGUGAGGGACUUCUGGAGCGCCGGCAACUACACGCUGCUGCUCUCGAAGGGCGUCAUCCCGCGCUCCACCCCCCCCGCCUCGCCGCUCUACGUGGGCGCCAUCCACAUGCCCGACCCCUCCGAUCCAACCUACUUCGCCCCGCUGCAGCGCCUGCACUCGCUGCUCACCUGCCACAACGCCAUGGCUACCAUCCCUGCGAAUCCGGAGGCUAGAAGGAGGGUUACGUUCUUCUGUAACUCGCUGUUCAUGGCCAUGCCGCCCGCUCCCACGGUGCAGCGCAUGCGGUCAUUCUGUGUGAUGACGCCGUAUUACAACGAGUCGGUGAUGUAUUCGCCGGAUGAGCUCAGGUGGCCCAAUGAAGAUGGAAUCUCUCUGCUCUACUACCUCCAAAACAUCUUCCCAGACGAGUGGAAGAACCUGGAGGAGCGGCUGGGGGUGCGGGGCAGGGAGGUGUGGGAGUUUGACGACGGUGCGGAGGUGUGCCGCUGGGCCUCCUACCGUGGCCAGACCCUCACUCGCACCGUGCGCGGCAUCAUGUAUUACCACAGCGCACUGGACCUGCUCUCCUACUUCGACACAGUCCCAGACGAACCCCUUGUGAGGCGCUCAUACCCACACACACUGACCCUCCCUCUCCCCUAUCCUCCCCCUUCCUCCCCCCACAGGGCACUCGACCUGCUCUCCUACUUUGACACCGACCCAGACGCCCCUCGUUUGAGGCUCCUCAAACCCACACUGACCAUGACACCUUCUUCCCCCUUCCUCCCCUUCCCCCACAGGGCACUCGAUCUGCUCUCCUACUUCGACACUGACCCGGACGCCCCUCCCACCGAAGGCCGCGAGCUUCAUUCCAAGCGCCAAACCACCUCCGCACCUCCCGCCGAAGAGAUGUCCGCUGCUGCCGCCGCCGCUGCUGCCGUCGCCUCUGCCUUUGGUGGCAGCGGGAGGAGGCCAGACGCGGGGUGGGACUCCCAGGGUUCAGUAGAGCACAUGCGGGAGCAGAUCUCGCAGCAUCUGGGGCAGCAGCGAGAGUACGACCCCCAGUUUUCUCUAGCCGAUGUGAAAUUCACGUAUGUGGUCGCCUGCCAGAUUUACGGCGAGCACAAGCGCAAGAACGACCCGAAAGCGCGGCACGUUUUGGAGCUCAUGCAGGAGAAUCCCGCGCUCAGAAUCGCGUACGUCGACGAGCAGCCGCCCGCGCCGGGAACGGGCGGCGGGACUCGGUACUACUCCGUCCUGGUGAAGUGGGACCAGUGGAAUCAGCGCGAGGUGGAGAUUUUCCGCGUGCAGUUACCAGGCCCGAUCAAGAUCGGUGAAGGGAAGCCGGAGAACCAGAACCAUGCAAUCAUCUUCACGCGUGGGGAGGCGCUGCAGACGAUCGACAUGAACCAGGACAGCUAUUUGGAAGAGGCGCUGAAGAUUCGGAACUUUCUGGAGGAGUUUUCGGAGUCGCGGCGGCGGAUUCUGGGGAUGAGGGAGCAUGUGUUCACGGGGAGUGUGUCGUCUCUCGCGGCGUUCAUGUCGGCUCAGGAGACGGCGUUUGUCACCAUUGGGCAGCGCGUGCUGUACAACCCCUUGAAGGUGCGAAUGCACUACGGGCAUCCGGACGUGUUUGACCGCGUGUGGUCGCUGGCGCGGGGUGGCAUCAGCAAGGCAUCGCGGGUGAUCAACAUCAGUGAGGACAUCUUCGCCGGAUUCAACACCACUCUCAGACGUGGGGCCAUCUCGCACCACGAGUACAUUCAGGUGGGCAAGGGCCGUGACGUGGGGCUGAACCAGAUCUCGCUGUUCGAGGCCAAGGUGGCGAGCGGCAACGGCGAGCAGCUGCUGUCACGGGAUGUGUACCGGCUGGGCCACGGGCUGGACAUGUUCCGCCUGCUCUCCUUCUACACCACCUCCAUCGGCUUCUUCUUCAGCACCGCCCUCACUGCCAUGGCCGUGUACGCCUUCCUCUGGGGGAGGUGCUAUAUGGUGCUGUCCGGCGUGGAGGAGACGAUUUCUUCGUCCGACAACCAGGCGCUAUCUGCCGCCAUCAACCAGCAGUUCCUCGUGCAGCUUAUGAGUUGGAAUCGCAAUUCUCCUUUCUUCUCCUGCCUCUCCUCCUUGCAUUGGGUUCUUCCCACGCUGCUGACUCUCAUAGCUGCUGGUUCUGAUGAAUCGUCCUUUCUUCCGUUCCUCCUUUCCUUCGCCUCCCCACUGCCGCAGAUCGGGCUGUUCACAUCACUGCCAAUGCUGAUGGAGCUGAUACUGGAGAAGGGCACAGGGGCGGCGAUCUGGGAGUUCCUCCUCAUGCACGUGCAGCUCUGCUUCGCCUUCUUCACCUUCUCCCUCGGCACGCGUGCCCACUACUUCCUCCGCACGCUCAUGCACGGCGGAGCCAAGUACCGUGCAACAGGGCGUGGGUUUGUGGUGAAGCACGAGCCAUUCGUGGAGAACUACCGGCUGUACUCUCGCAGCCACUUCAACAAGGCAGUGGAGCUGCUGCUCUGCCUCGUCAUCUACAUGCUCUACUCCUCCCUCCGCGCCUCCACCGCCUACUGGCUCCUCUCUCUCUCCGCCUGGAUCCUCGUGCUCUCCUGGCUGCUCGCGCCCUUCGCCUUCAACCCCCUGGGGUUCGACUGGCUCAAGUGCUGCGAUGACUGGGAGGAGUGGACGGCGUGGCUGUGGGCCAAGGGCGGGAAGGGGGUGACGGAGAAGCAGGCGUGGGUGGCGUGGUGGGACGAGGAGAGGGCGCAUCUGAAGACGACGGGGUGGGGGGGGUGGCUCGUGGAGACGCUGCUGGCUCUGAGGUGGUUCUUUUUCCAAUAUGCGCUCGUGUACCGGUUGGACAUGGCCAGUGCGAGCACGAGCAUCCUGGUCUACGUGUACUCGUGGCUCUUCAUCUUUGCCAUGGGCCUCUUCUGGAUCUCCCUCACUCUCUGCGACCUCUACCUCUCCAUACGCGCUCACCUCCUCCACCGCGCCGUCAAAACCACCAUCUGCCUCGUCUUCCUUGCAGCCUUCAUAACCGCUCUCUCCUUCACGAACCUCUCCUUUUCAGACGUCUUCCUGCUUCCUCUAGUCUUCCUUCCUACCGGGUGGGGGUUCCUGCAGCUGACUCUUGUGGUGGCUGGGGCGUUUCCUGUGGUCGAAACGUGGUGGACGUGGGGGCUUGUGAGGAGCUUUGCAAGGACGUAUGAGUUUAUUAUCGGGGUGAUUGUGUUUUUGCCCAUGGCGGUGCUGUCAUGGCUUCCGGGAGUUCAGGAUAUGCAGACCAAGUCAGUAAACCCAGCCAUGGGGUUGGUGGGGGAGAUCCUGGGCCAUCCAGACGAGUUCAUGCCGCUGUUGCGGAUCCGACACAUGGCGAAGAUGGUGUCGAAGCUUCCCGACGACGAGGAUUUCGCUUUCUGCUACGGCAUGCUCAACCGCGUCAGCAGAAGCUUCGCCUUCGUCAUUCAGCAGCUGCACCCGCUACUGCGCGACCCGGACGACAUGGCAGUGCCAAUAGACGAGAAGGUCCCCAUCCUCAUCGCCUUCCACCAACACAUCUGCGACCCCGACUGGAAAUUCGUCUGCGGCACCAAGGACCACAAGGACCUCAUGCAGCGCCUGCACCACGUGCCUUCCCUCGCCCGGCCUGCCAUCCCAACCCCCCUCUCCCCGCUCCCCCUUGUCCCUCCCUUCCCCCUUCUCCCACCACCAGGCGGCACCAAGGACUACAAGGACCUCAUGCAGCGCCUGCACCACGUGCGCCACGCACUUGAAAAGCUAGAGCCCAGGUACAAGGCGGUGAUUCUGGACAUAACGAGGCGCAUGGGAGCAGGCAUGGCGUCCUUCAUCACCACCGAGGUCAGCCCCUCCCAGCCACUCUCAGCCGCUAUCAACCCCUCUGUGCCCCUCCCAGCCAGCCACUCUCAGCCGCUAUCAACCCCUCUGUGCCCCUCUCGGCCCGUCUCAACUGCUGUCAGCCCCUCUCAGACGCUUCAACAUAAUCCCGCUGUGGCCCUUGUCUCGGUGGAGACGGUGCCACAGUACGACGAGUACUGCCACUACGUGGCAGGGCUGGUGGGCAUCGGCCUGUCGGAUCUCUUCCACGCGGCCAACCUGGAGGAAGCGUUUGAGGAGUCGCUCUCCAACUCCAUGGGGCUCUUCCUGCAGAAGACCAACAUCAUCCGCGACUAUCUAGAGGACAUAACAGAAGAACCCGCCCCUCGCAUGUUCUGGCCCAAAGCCAUCUGGGGCAAGUACGCUGCACGCUUGGAGGACUUGAAGGACGUGGGGAGCAAUGGAGCAGCGGCAGUGAAGUGUGUGAACGAACUGGUGACAAACGCGCUGGGCCAUGUGUCCGACUGCCUCACCUACAUGCACCGCCUCAGAGACCCCCAAGUCUUCCGCUUCUGCGCCAUUCCCCAGAUCAUGGCCAUGGGCACACUUGCAUUGUGCUACAACAACAUUGGCGUCUUUGAAGGCGUGGUCAAGAUGAGAAAAGGUCUAGCAGCGAAGGUGAUGGAGCAGACGUGGAGCAUGGCGGACGUACGCUCCUCUUUCACUGACUUUGGCUUCGAGAUCUUGAAAAAGUUACUUGACUGGUGGCCCGCUUUCUGCCCUGUCUCAGUCCCUCACUCUCUCGCGGCCUUUCUCCCUGCCGUUGUCCUUCCUAUCCCCCUCCCAUUCGUCCGCCCUCACCUGUCUCCCUGCUUCAUUGCUUUCUCCAUUCUAGACUGCUCCUUUUCUCUCGCCGCCUUCCUUCCUCCACUGCACCCCUUUCUCGUUACCCGUUCAUCUGUCCACUAA